GGAGGUUCUACCCCCAUGGUUGACUGCCAUGGAAUAGUGAAAUCACCUGGGAGGGGUGGGCUGUGUGGUUCCAGAGAGGCCAGCUCCUUGGUAACUGGCAUCCCGUUGCCAUGGCAACGACACCGGCGAUGGAGCGGGAGAUGGCAGUGUGCAUGUGGUGAGGGCGGGCUGAAGAGUGCAUUUGGGCACACCAAGGGGCAGAAGACCUCUGAGCCUGGCCUCCUGCUGCUUCUGAUGUUCCAGGCAGAGGGUGGUUAUGUGCUGUACCCUCAGAUCGGGGACCGGCUAGAUCUACUUUGUCCCCGGGCCCGGCCUCCUGGGCCUCACUCCUCUCCCAGUUAUGAGUUCUACAAGCUGUACCUGGUAGGGGGUGCCCAGGGUCGGCGCUGUGAGGCACCCCCUGCCCCAAACCUUCUUCUCACAUGUGACCGGCCAGACCUGGACCUCCGCUUCACCAUCAAGUUCCAGGAAUACAGCCCUAACCUCUGGGGCCACGAGUUCCGAUCUCACCACGAUUACUACAUAAUUGCCACGUCAGAUGGGACCCGGGAAGGCCUGGAGAGCUUGCAGGGAGGUGUGUGCCUCACCCGAGGCAUGAAGGUGCUUCUGCGUGUGGGGCAAAGUCCCCGAGGAGGAGCUCUACCCCGAAAACCUGUGUCUGAGAUGCCCAUGGAGAGAGACCGAGGGGCGGCUCACAGCCUGGAGCCCGGGAAGGACAGCCUACCAGGUCUGUUUUCCCCCUCUUCCCUACCACCCUCCUCCUCCCAUCUCCUUCACCCUCUUGGCUUCUUGUCCCGUGCCUCUCACGCGUGUCCUGGGUUGGGGCCUCAAAGCGUCUCUCCCCUCGGCUCUCGGCCCUUCCCAACUUUCCAUAUCAACUGCUCCCCUCAGUCCGCCCAAAGUGGGGGCUUUUGGGGGGAACAUUGUGACUCCGGGCAUGGGUACAGGGCCUCUUUCCCUGCCCUUCUGUGUCCUUACUCCAGCCAUUUGGGGUGGUUGGGUCACAACUACUACCAUGAGAAGAAGUGUCCUGUUAUGUCCAGUGGGGACAUUAUGGCCUUGAUCUGAUGCCUGAUGGGAAGUGAUCAGAUCAGAUAGAUGAUCUGAUCAGAUGGGAAGUGACUCGCUCCAGACAAGAAGUGGCCAGGCCUGGACAGAAAUGGCCUGGGAGGUGGCAGAAGGAGUAACAGCAGGAACUGGAAGUGCCUUCAUCCAGGACAGGAAGUCGCCCUCCUGAAAUAGGAAGUGGUCUGGCUGGAAUUCCAAGUGGCUUAGUCUGGGGAGAUGGUGGGGUGGGGGUGGGGGCAUGGAGAAGGGGCAGGAGGGACUUCCUGUUUUAGGAGGAAGCUGGAACUUACCACUGUGAGAGGACAAAUGUGGACUGAGAAUUUUCUAGGUUCUCAGUGGCACUUCCCAGGAUCUCCCUUCCCUUGUGCUCUGUGCGAUUUUUAGGACAGCUAAGAUGACUGCCAGCUGCUGUGGCAGGCCCAGUUUGUCUUGUUCUCCCCUGACUGUACCCCAGUAUAAUCUCUGUUGGUCAACAGGACCCCCCCCCAAGAACCCACAUGUUCUCCCCAGUGACCAGAUGGCUGUCUUGUUCACGCCUUUCUCCCUUCAAACCCAACACAGCACCUUCUUAGUGACCAAGAGGUGGUCUAGCGACUGGUCUAGCUGAUGGCAGUUAUUAGCACUGGUUGCUGUUUCCAUAGUGACAAGCCUAUACCUCUUCCUUCCUACUCUUUAGUGCACAAUGGGCUGUUGCCUCAGUUUCCUCCCAGCUCAAUUUUAUUAGAUCAAAGCUGCCCUUAGGCACCAAGUUGGCCACCUCAAUCACCAACUGAAAUGGUUGCUUUGUCCACCAGAGGUCAUUUCAUCUCUCUGGUGCUGUAGUUCCUAGCUCCUUCCAGGGAACAGGAAGUUGAUAUUGCCAUGGGGGAGGUGGCGGGGUACAGCCGUCACCUCAAUAGUUUUACUGUAAAAGGGAAAUUUGAACAACAGAAAACAGAAAAAAAAAAAAGAAUAAAAAACUUUAAAAGUU